AUGAGACAUGCAGGAAAGUCUGACUGUAUUAUUAUUGAAUUAGGUGGUUGUAAUCUGCCAGUCAUUAUUGACAGUGGUGCGUCAGUAAAUUUGAUUGAUAGAGUGCUAUGGGAAAAACUGAAAUCAGAGAAUAUUGCAUGUAAAUCAGAGAAAACUGAAAAGAAAUUGUAUGCAUACAAACCAGAGAAACCAUUAGAUCUUCUUGGUAAAUUUUCAUCUUACAUUUGUCUCAAAGGCUCAGAUCAGGGGUUUGAAACUGAUUUUUAUGUAAUCAAAGGAAAGGGGCCUGCACUGAUCGGUUGUGAAACUGCAAAACGUCUAGGAGUGUUGUCAUUAGGUGUCAACCUAGUAGAGGGAGAUGUGUUCGAACGUUACCCAGAAUGCUUUUCAGGUUUUGGAAAAUUAACUGAUUACAAGUUGAAACUGGACAUUAAUUAG